AUUUCUACAGCACUUCAAGUAUAAGCCGAAUUGAACACAAUGGCAGCAUUAUAAAAUAUUUGGUGAAGUUAUAUAUUAAAUUCCGCGCACCUGCCGAGAAAAUUAUAACUAUAUUAUGACUAAAGCAAAUGGUGCGAAAUUCGACGGUGGCAAAAAUCUGUUCACUUUGUGAUUCGUCAAAAACAUUGAAUUUUUGACGUGUUAUUGUGUAUGUCAAAUGGAUAUGAUUUUUUUCUCUUUUGAGAAUCAUGCAUAUAAUGAAGAAAACAGCUGAAGAAAAGCUGGGCAAAAGAUUCAGAUAUGUUACUUUGGGUGAAUCAUUCCAGAGAAAAUAAAUUGUGAGAAAUAAAAUGUUUUACUGUUUUGUUGCAAGUUGCAAUGAACAGUUGAACACAUGUUUGUCAUUCUGAGACAGCCAAAGAGAUUCAGAGAGUAUCGGAGUGAACGUUCCUCGGCUGGCCGAGUUCCCUCCGUCACGUACGAAUGGAAGGAGGGUAUGGCCUCGCUGUCCUAUCCACCUAUGCCCCCUAUUUUGAGCUUGGUGGUUAUUUUCAUAUUGGUAUACUUAAUCGAUACAAGUAAUGGAUGUGGCAUGCAAUUGUGUCAUGAACGCUGGAGGACUGCUCAAAGAGCUGCACAUGGAGGUUUGAUAAAACCACACAAUGGAGAAGAACCCCUGUGUGUAGCCCAUAGGACUUACUUGGUGUGUCUAAUCACAGAAGAGGUGAACUGCAAAACUAAUCUGCACUACCACAUGACCAAGGGAGGUGUCAUACACAACAUGAAAAAUUUAAAGUGUAAGGAUUACGGUGAUACUUUUAACGUAACCACUGUUGUGAAUGGCCCUCUUGUGGAUCCAUGUUUUCCAAAUUCAAUAUGCACAUGUACUUUUCGAAGCAAAAAUCCCAACACUCCAAUAAAAUAUGAACACUGUGGAUUAUUUGGUGAUCCCCAUUUGAGGACGUUCAGGGAUGAUUUCCAGACUUGUAAAGUGGAGGGUGCCUGGUCACUGGUUCAGAACAAAUAUAUAGUGAUUAUGGUCACAAACAAUCCAGUGAAAGACCAUGCAGCAGCAACUGCCACAAGCAAGUUGACUGUCGUGAUAAAGAAAAAUGAAGACUGUGCUUCGCAUGAUUUUGUAACUUACAAAGCUCACACAAAUAACCUGCCAGGAACAUUUGAAAAUGGCCUAUCUGCUGUUGGCCCCGAUGAAAGUGUAGCCAUUAGGGUGUUGGACCCUGGAAAACAUGUACAAAUCUAUUUAAGGUUCAUUGAUACAACCAUACGGGUGCGACAAAUUGGUCGCUAUUUCACUUUUGCCAUAAAAAUGCCACAGGAAAUUGUGGAACAGUCACUAGACAAUGAUACUCAGCAAUUAUGUGUGCAAGGAUGCCCCGAACAGGAGCAAAUUAAUUAUAAAAAAUAUCUGGCAGAAAAAAGGAGAAUUAUAGACGGGCAUCAAGGGGACAUAGCAAUGACCAGUGAUAAAGCAAGUGAAUUGUGUCGGAAGUCACAUGUUGUGGAUUUUUACUUUGAUUCAUGUGUAUUUGAUCUCAUGACCACUGGAGAUGAAAGUUUUACUGUAGCAGCACAACAGUUGUCAAAAGAUUUAACAGAUCUUUCACCAGAAAUUGUGAAAACUCAGGAAAACCGAACACAUUUGGAAGAAAUCCAUCAUUCAAGUGGUUGUAGAGUAAAUAGUGACUUUAUUCUGUGGACUUGUGCUUUAGCUGUUACUUUAUGUUUAUUAUUUCAACAAAGGACUUCAUAACAAAGGUAACAUAUUCAGACAAUGGCAAAACAUUCAUGUCACUUUCAGUAUAUCUAGAUACUUUUUACCAGGAAGUACUUGCACAAUGCUGAAAUUGUAAGGAAAAUUGAUGUAUCGAAAUUGUAACAAAAGUAAACAUAAGGGACAAAUGUUGACUUGGGGG